AUGGGAAGCGACCAGGAUGGAUUGCCCCUCCUGGCCUUUGUGGAGACCUUCUGCGCAGGCUCAACGCGCGAGCUGACGAGGCCGCUGGAGACUGCCGUCUUCGAAGGUUCUCUGGUGGUGCAAUGGAGGCUUGGUGGCAGCAUCGUGAUGCUGCCAGAGCCUGGGAACUUCGAGCCAUUCAGGCCUCAGCUGCUUCGGGUGAGGCUCUUCACUCAGAGCUCCGUCGACAUGGACUUCGCCCUCGUGAGCGGGCUCCUGGGGAUGAUCGUGUGGCGGCCUCGGCGCGUGACUCCGACGUUCCGCUUGCUGCCGGCGGCCAGUUCCCCUGAGCUCCUGCAACCUGACCUUCUGAGCUUCUAG